AAAAGACUUUAGUUCGAAAGUUUUCAUUUUCUCAUAUAUCCAACAAUUAAAUUAUUUAUGACCUCUAAUAAUAACUAAUUAACUCUCUAAUUUUUAAAUUAUUUAUUGACUUGAAUCAUAAUAACCUCCUGCUUCUUACCGGCUAUAUUCAAGUACAGUGCGUUCUUGAUUGUAUUGCCCAUAAUACUGUAUACGUGUUAGUCUCAGUAAUAUACAUAUAUAUGUAAUAACUGUUAUAACUAGAUGCUUUGUCAUCGUUUUCAAUCUUUUCCUAUCUUUUCUUGUAAUAUUACGUGACACUUGUUCUCGUUGCGUAGUAGUUUAAAAUUAAGUAGCGAAAUUUAAAAAUGUCAUCCGUUCAAAAGUAUGGCCCUAUAAUUGCCACCACUCUCUUCCCAAACGUUGGGGGUUGGAUUGGUAGUUACAUAACCAGAAAAAACCUUAAUCCCUGGUACGAGUCGCUAAAAAAACCCACUUGGACUCCGCCAAAAUGGAUGUUUGGUCCAGCUUGGACUAGCAUUUACUGCUCGAUAGGUUACGCAUCAUACCUCGUUUAUCGAGAUGGAGGUGGCUUUCAGAAUGCAGCCUUGCCUCUGUCCAUUUACGGAUGCAAUCUAGCACUCAAUUGGUCUUGGACGCCAAUAUUCUUUGGAGCCCACAAAAUAAGAUGGGCCUUAUAUGAGAUUAUUAUUCUCUGGGGAUCCACUGUCGUAAUGGGAGUUGCAUUUUACAAAGUGAAUCGAACUGCAGGCUUAUUGGUCCUACCAUAUUUUUUGUGGAACACAUUUGCAACCGCUCUCAACUAUGUGAUAGACAGAGAAAACACUGAGUCCUCUAUAACAUCAUCAGAGAAAAUCAAAUAAUUGAACAAAACCUUGUUUUUAUAAUUAUUGUUUUAUUGUUGCGUAAAUGUUGUUUUACAUUCUACACUUUUGUUAACACAUUGUUUGGAGAUUUUACAUUGCACGCUUUUAAUAAACAAUGAGUUUCUCUCCUAGAUAAA